CGGCGUCUCCAAGCCGCCUCAUUGGGAACUCCUGCACUGCCACGUCAUCCAAGGCAUCUCCCGAGCGACUACUUCGUUUUUGUACUGAAGUAAUAUCACAUAUAUCCCCCAAAAUAUGUGAGCAGCUGUGGCUCAGUUGUUGGAGCGGGUCAUCCGACGGUCGGCAGUUCGAAUCUCGGCUCUUGGGCGAGGCACCUCAAUUGCUUCCAGUGGGCCUGGCAGCAGCUCGUAGGAGUGCCGAAAGCGCUUUGGGCACCGUGAUGGUGGAGAUAAAGUGCUAUAUAAGUUUGCCCUUUUAUUUGUUCGCGCUACAUAAUACAUAAUGACUCAAUACAAAAACAAACGUGCCUGUAAUUUAACACUUUGAACUUUUCUUUCCUUCUGCAAAACAAAUUAAAAGUGAAACAACACAGAAUCACUCCAAAACAAAACAAACAAAAAAACUAAUCGGCAUCCAGAUAACUCUUCUUUCGUCUUUCGUGGAGAAAUAUUGAGAAACACCAAGUGCCUCUACUUCGAGACGCUGGUUCGGUUUCUUCAGCCGGAAACGAUGUGCCCUGAUUUGGAGCAUCUUCUCUCAGGAUGCUACAAUUGCACAUCCAUCCAUCCAUCCGUUUUCUGAGACGCUUCUCCUCACGCGGGUCGCGGGCGUGCCGGAGCCUAUCCCAGCUGGCAAAUUAAUAUCCUAUCCCAGCUGCCGGCCGAUCGCAGGGCACAUACAAACAAACAACCAUUGGCACUCACAGUCACACCUACGGGCAAUUUAGAGUCUCCAAUCGAUGCAUGUUUUUGGGAUGUGGGAGGAAACCGGAGUGCCCGGAGAAAAGCCACGCGGGCACGGGGGAGGACAUGCAAACUCCAGGGAUUGAACCCGGGUCCUCAGAACCGUGAGGCUGACGCUCUGACCGGUCGGCCACCGUGCCGCCACAAUGCACGUUGUUAAUCAAAUUAAAAUGUGUCCGGAUUUGACACCUCGCUAUUUUCCGAACCGGCGCUCGCGAUCUCUCUCACCUCCCUCCCUCCUCUGUACUCUUGCCCUCCAUUCACAUAUGAGGCGACCCGCCGUUCACGUCAAAAAGCCAUUUCGUUCGUGACCGACACAACACGUGUGUCUAUCGGCCUCGAUCUCGGAGAGAACGGGAGCGCGAGUAGUUUUCAAACGCGUCCUUUGCGCGUGAAAGCAACCGGGUCGACCUUAUGAGUCAGCAUGCUUUGAUGACAAAACGGAGUCGAUGUCACGCUUCCGUGACAAAAUGUGCUGAUGUCAUGCUUCUGAUCUGCUUUGCGCAGCUCAGAUCAAAGAGGCGAAAGAAAAGGUUUGUGAUUGUCCACUGGAAAUUGACACCGCGACCAUCAAAUACCAAUACAAGGGUUGCAAAGAUGGCGUCAAGUUUCAACAAAGCUCAUUUGAGAAAAGUCGCCGAAAAGAACCAAAUUUGUGACGGAGCUCUCCACCCGUCGCCAUUCGGCAUUUUCGACCUUCUCAACACACAGAAAUGCCUCAAAAACUUCUUCGCCCAGCGGGGGAUGUUUGGCGACUCUACGGCUAGUUCUGAAGUCAAGCAGGUAACACGCAAACGCGUACGUUGCUGUUGUAACAUUUAGUUACAAGAUUGUGAUUUCCAUUAGAAUGGGACGUCAAGCCUAAAGGCCAAAGAGAGGGACGACAAGAUCAACAUCAUCGUCAAGAGCAUCGUUGAGAAGAGCAUUGCAGACAUCGCCAAGAUGAGGCAGCUUAUCGCCCUCUGGGAUGCGGAGGAGCGCUCCACAUCGCAUUCUUACAUCGACGAGUCGUCGUACGGCGUCGUCACCCAACAGAAAAUUAAGCAAUACCUGAGGGAUUUCUUCUCGGAGCGCCUCACGUCUGCCGAGCAUCCCAGAGAUUUCCACGACGGCGCGGACCCUGGACGGGACUCUUAUGCAGAGAUGGCAAAGGAAGAAGACGCUGGCUCCUCUCUGUCUUCUCCCAUUAUUGGGAAGGCGAUGACUAUGAUCAGCCAUGUGAUACAGCCUGUCGUUGACACCAUCGACUCUGCCAGCAGAGUUACAAAAACUGUAGCCAAUAUGUUAGGGUGGAAUGAUGGAGACGACCGAGCAACGACGACGGCAGAUCAGUCAGAUGAAGGAGCACAGCAGAAGUCAGCUCAACAGGUCUCCGGUCUUUUGCCCUCUCCAGAGGAGACCGUGGCGGAAGGUUCAUCUGCUUCUUCCGCCGCGGUCGGGAUGGAAAAGACCAUCACGCGUGACAAAACGGACAAGGAACAUCCGGUUCAGACGUCGAGCCUUUCACCAGCAAUGGACGAAGCUGUGGAGGUCAGUUCAUCUGCUUCCUCUUCCCCCGCAAACACGCUCAGGAGUGCCAGGAAAGACGAUAAUCGUGUUCCCCCGGCGAUGUUCGACGAGGCUGUCAUGGAGGAACUCUGCAAUUUGCAAUAUGAGAUGCAGUUGACGCCCAGGCUCUCCCCCAUAUUGGAGGAGACUGGGGAGACAAAUUCUUCUGCUUCCUCUUCAGUCAUCCUGGAGAAGAUGUGCUUCUUUGAGGCAGAUUCCAUCUCCGGCCUUGUCGUAGCUUCAGAGGCCACCGCUGCUCCGACUUCUACGUGCACCUUAGAGAAGACAAAGGCCAUCCCAAGCAAGGUGCCUCCGCAACCGUAUAUCUUUGAGGAAGAGGAAGCGGAACAGAGGUUCACCACUGAGAUGGCAUUGACCCCUCGGGUUUCGCCAUUCAGUGGCCAGAAGCCAAACGUGAUGGGCGACAGCACAGAUGAGAAAAUGUCUCGUUCGGAAUUCUCUGACGAAGAGGUCACAAAAGCUAGCUCCACGAUUGAGGCUCGGUCCACCCCGAGACUUUUGCACACGUUAGAUGGUGUCUCCCCAGUUCCCUCUCCUGUUACGUCUUCUCCCAUCAUUGAGAAGGCCAAAAAUAUCAUAAGCCAAGUGAUGCAGCCUGUUGUCGAUACGAUUGACUCUGCCAGCAAGGUUACAAAAACAGCCGGCAAAUCUAUUGCCAAAAAAGUGAGGUCCAUGUGGAAAUAUCGCUCUGGCAGGAAGAAGGGCAAGAGGGGUAAAGGAAAGAGUGACAAAAAAGCUGAGCGAACCGCACGUCAAGAUAUUUUGGACAAAGAAGACGACGGCAAUGAGGAGGAGGGGGUAGAGGAGGACAGGGUGGAGGACGAGGAAAACGAGGAGGAGGAGGAGGAGGAGGAGGAGGAGGAUACGAACACUGCUGAGGUGGACUCAAUCUCCCAGCUUUCAGGCGCAUUAGAUGACGCUGAGGUUGUCUGUUGCUCAGAGGUUCCUGCGGGCAUCGUUGAGGACAACCACGUUGAGAAAUCUGCAGACUGUCUUGGAUGA